UGCCCCUGUCAACUGUUUUUGAUUGAGCUUGGCGACACUCACAAAGUUCAAUACAGGUCUCCACCGUGUAUUCCAGACAUCUCCACACAAGCCAGUCGGGGUUUAAAGAGAAGGGCCCCAUCUGGGAAACCCCAGGAGUCAGAGGGCUAGGUGAGCUGCACUUGGCGCCCUAACAGCCUUCUGAGCGUGGCACUGCCAGAGACAACCAGUCUAACCCUGCUAUUCUCAAUUAGAGAUGAGAAACCCGAAGCCACAAAGGAUUGGGUUAAACACGGGGAUUUUUGUAGCUUUAGAUCGAAUUGAAUUCAAAGUCCUUGCGGGCUCAGGGUCUGGAGGGGUGCGAGAGUCGGGGAAAGCAGGAACCUCUCUCUCAUCGCCUGCCCGGGGUCCCUACUCCACCCCAUUGCCCUGGAUGCCAUCCUUCUUGGCAGGUCCUGGGGAACCCGCACAGGGGAAUGGGGUAGCGGUGGAGGGAGGAACAAUGGUCCCCUCCCCUCCCUCUCCUUGUUCCCCUCCCUCCCCAGCUGGCUGGAGGGUGGGGUCUCCCUGCCCCGCCUCCCCGCUCCUCCCCCGACCAGGCGAUGAGGUAAUCGCGCCGCUGAGAGGCACGCGCAGCCAGUGCCCAGCCCGGUCGGUCCCGCGCCCCUGCCCCUUCGGCCGCUAGCCCCGGUACGCUCGGGGGACCCGGGUCUCCCGGACGCACCAUGACCGAGCGCUGCAGCCUGUGGAGUGCACUUUCCGCCGCCGCCUGCUGCUUCUACCGCGGCUCCCUGGUGCAGGUGCAGUUCUCCAAGGAGAAGUACAUUCUCGACUCGUCACCAGAGAAAUUGCACAAGGAGCUGGAAGAAGAACUGAAGCUCAGCAGCACAGACCUCCGAAGCCAUGCCUGGUACCACGGACGCAUCCCUCGCGAGGUCUCUGAGACCCUGGUACAGCGCAAUGGCGACUUCCUCAUUCGAGACUCACUCACCAGCUUGGGGGACUAUGUGCUCACAUGUCGCUGGCACAAUCAGGCCUUGCACUUCAAGAUCAACAAGGUGGUGGUGAAGGCUGGCGAGAGCUACACCCACAUCCAGUACCUGUUUGAGCAGGAGAGCUUCGACCACGUGCCCGCCCUUGUGCGCUACCAUGUGGGCAGCCGGAAGGCUGUGUCUGAACAGAGUGGGGCCAUCAUCUAUUGCCCUGUCAACCGCACCUUCCCACUGCGCUACCUCGAGGCCAGCUAUGGCCUGAGCCAGGGCGGCAACAAGGCUGCCAGCCCAGCCAGCCCCUCAGGCCCCAAGGGCAGCCACAUGAAGAGAAGGAGCAUUACCAUGACUGACGGACUCACCUCCGACAAGGUCACCCGCAGCAGCGAUGGCUGCCCCAACAGCACCUCACUACCCCAUCCCCGGGACUCCAUCAGAAACUGUGCCCUCAGCAUGGACCAGAUCCCAGAUCUACACUCACCCUUAUCUCCUAUCUCCGAGAGCCCCAGCUCCCCUGCGUAUAGCACUGUCACCCGUGUCCACGCUGCCCCUGCCGCCCCCUCUACCACAGCACAGCCUGCCUCCCCAGUCGCCCGCCGCUCCAGCGAACCCCAGCUAUGUCCUGGAAGUGCUCCAAAGCCUCCUGGGGAGUCAGACAAGGGCCCCCAUGCAAGCCCUUCCCACAGCCUCUGCAAGGCCUCGCCGUCACCGUCGCUCAGCAGCUACAGUGACCCGGACUCUGGCCACUACUGUCAGCUCCAGCCUCCCAUCCGUGGCAGCCGAGAGUGGGCAGCGGGGGAGACGCCCCGGAAGGCUAAGAGCUCUGGAGAGAGGCAAAAGGAACUGUCAGAAAAUGGAGUUUCUGAGGGGGAGUGGGGCAAGACCUUCACAGUCCCUGUAGUGGAAGCCACCUCGUCUUUCAAUCUGGCUACCUUCCAGUCCAAGCUGAUCCCCCAGGAGAACCGGCCUCUGGAGGUGGGCCUUCUGCGCAAGGUCAAGGAACUGCUCUCGGAGGUGGAUGCCCGGACGCUGGCCCGACACGUCACCAAGGUCGACUGCCUGGUUGCUAGGAUACUGGGCGUUACCAAGGAGAUGCAGACCCUAAUGGGAGUCCGCUGGGGCAUGGAGCUGCUCACCCUCCCCCAUGGCCGGCAGCUAAGACUAGACCUGCUGGAAAGGUUCCACACCAUGUCCAUCAUGCUGGCGGUGGAUAUCCUGGGCUGCACAGGCUCCGCGGAGGAGCGGGCUGCGCUGCUGCAUAAGACUAUCCAGCUGGCGGCGGAGCUGCGGGGCACGAUGGGCAACAUGUUCAGCUUCGCCGCGGUCAUGGGCGCCCUGGAGAUGGCUCAGAUUUCAAGGCUGGAGCAGACAUGGGUGACCCUGAGGCAGCGACACACGGAGGGUGCCAUUCUGUAUGAGAAGAAACUCAAGCCUUUCCUCAAGAGCCUCAACGAAGGCAAAGAAGGCCCGCCGCUGAGCAACACCACGUUUCCCCACGUGCUGCCGUUCAUUACUCUGCUGGAGUGUGACUCCGCCCCGGCCGAGGGUCCCGAACCCUGGGGCAGCACAGAGCACGGCGUGGAGGUUGUGCUAGCCCACCUGGAGGCCGCCCGCACUGUGGCACACCAUGGGGGUGUCUACCACACCAACGCUGAGGUCAAGCUGCAGGGGUUCCAGCCCCGCCCAGAGCUCCUGGAAGUGUUCAGCACAGAGUUCCAGAUGCGUCUCCUCUGGGGCAGCCAGGGUGCCAACAGCAGCCAGGCCCGGCGCUAUGAGAAGUUUGACAAAGUCCUCACUGCCUUGUCCCACAAGCUGGAACCUGCCAUUCGCUCUAGUGAGCUGUGACCCCGGAGACCUUGCCUCUCUGCAGCUGCGGGCAGCAUUGGGGGCAGAGGGGCCUCUGGACUUUCCCCCCGGAGCACCACAGGGACACUGUGAUCAGCCCAAGAAUGUUCUGGGUCCAAAUCCAGGUUCUCCCUUGCACUUCCAGAGUCCUAAAUGGACUCUGAGCUCCACCCGCCUUCCAUCACACGCCUGCCAAGUCUCCCUUCCAAAACGACAGGGGCUUCUGUUCCUCCCACCAGCUUUUGCUGGUCCCCAUUUUGCCGAGGUUCCCUGUCUUUGAGCCAUGGGAGGCUCCCCACCCCGUUUCCUUUCACCAGGCAUCUAUGCCUAGAGAUGCCACGGCCUCCAUCUUACUGUAAAUAAGUCUGACUGUAAAUACAUGUACAGAAGUCAUGCUGUCUCUUUCAUAUAAUAAACUUUAAAUGACUCUUUCUUCUGUCUGGGUAGAAAGAAGCCCUUUCUUUAGGUGAAUGGUGAAAACCCUCAACCAAUACCUGGUUAGCACCAAAGACUUUCCAGAUUAUAAGGGGAGCCACGGUUACACCAACAAGAAGCCACUCCCUGACCUUCAUAAGCUCAGGAAGUAGCAGAGAAGACAGUCAGUCCAAGCCAGUGCAAGCAGUAGGGCCUGG